AUGGAUCCAAAAUGGUUUCCGCCGCCAGAUCGUCCCUUCCAGCCAGGUGGUCAAAGCAUUCUCGCUGCUGGUACCAUCGGUAUCACGACUUUAUUGCUUCCCCGAUGCCAGUUUCGCAACUUUGUUGCCAUCCCUCCCAUUGUUUGGAUUCUGUAUAAUUUGCGCCAGCAUACCACGGGAAAGCUUGAGGAGGAUUACUUGACUGCUGUCAACAUUUCCAUCACGCUGGCCAAACUCAUCGACGUCUCCGUGUUACAUGAUGCAGAACAGUCAUUGCGACGAGUCAGAACAGAUGGCGGUGAUACAGAAUCUGCAGAGGACAUCCAGAGAAUGGGCAGUCGAUUUGUUCUCGACCAGGCCCUGAGAGCAUCGUACUGCUUCUUGUACCUCGACAUUGACGAGUGGUACAUGCGGCGGACGCCCUUUGGCAAUGGCACCACCCAUGUGCCGGACUUCUUCUCGCUGCCGCUUGGAAAGCAGAUAUAUCUCGGGUGGCAGACUGGAUUGCACAAUGGGUUCGCAAUGGUAUUUGGGUACUAUCUUGUUACCAUAUUCGCGGUUGGUGCUGGUUUAUAUAGUCCUCACUCUUGGCCGCCUCUCUUUGGCUCGUUCGUGAAGAAAGGAUAUACGGUGAGAAACAUCUGGGGAUACUGCUGGCACCAGCUCCUACGCCGAACCUUUGAAACAGCGAAUUCCAGUCUGACAAGGCUGAUGAGGAUCCGUAGAGGAACGCUGGGCUCACGAUAUCUUCAGCUCUACAAUGCCUUCGUCGUGUCGGCCUUGAUCCAUCACAUUGGCGCCCUCAAUUGUCCUUACUCGGCACUACCGUGGUGCCAGUUUUACUUUUUCAUGAUCCAGCCAGUCGCCGUCACCGUGGAGGACUUCGCUAUAUAUGUGGGGAAGAAGGCGGGUCUAAGGCAGUCGUGGAGAACCAGAGCCGUGGGAUACGCCUGGGUUGGCUGUUUCUUGAGCUACUCUCUGCGGUAUGCAGCAGCAGGCUUCACUGCAGCAGGAUUGGGUGGUGUCAGGCAUCCAUUUGUGGCCAAAUUUAGUAUCAUGGACAGGCUGUUUGGAUAG